AGGGUUUCUUCGCUGCUCCGGAGCGGGUCUCGCUCUGAUCGUCAGUGACCCUUCAAGAAGCCAUUUCGGUGCCGUUUGAAGCAUCGUUUCUCGUUUUAAAAUAGUGAAAGUGGCUCUUGAGAGACUUCUGCUUUUCUGCCCAACUCCUAGAGCUGUUUAAAAGCCAAAGUGAGCUUUGACAUUGCUGAGGACCUCUCUGAUAAAGCUGACCGCACUUCAGCCAGCAGCGAGAACUGUAAUGACUUACACUGCAAAGAAGUGCGGCAUCUGCUUUCAGCCCCUGUCCAUUAUCCUGAUCUACAAAGAAGACGGCAAGGAUAAGACUCGCCAGCGUAUCAUGCCCGUCAGGAAUUUCUCCAAGUUCUCAGACUGCAGCAUGGCUGCUGAGCAGCUGAAGAAUAACCCUCGGCACAAGGCUUACCUGGAAGGAGUCUCGCUGCGUCAGCUACAGAAGCUGUACAGAUUGUUGAAAGGCCAUUUGGGAGGAGAGAGCCUGGCUGAGAGCUUGGAAAAGCUGCAGCAGGAAACGACCAUUGACCCAGAAGAGGAUAUGAACAAACUAGAUGACAAGGAACUAGCCAAAAGGAAGACCAUCAUGGACGAGCUCUUUGAAAAGAACAGAAAGAAGAAGGAUGAUCCGGAUUUCAUCUACGACAUUGAGGUUGAGUUUCCACAGGAUGGACAGCUGGAGUCCUGUGGCUGGGACGUGGAGUCAGGUGAAGAAAUCUGAUUCUGGACAGAUGUCUUGGGUGGGCAGUUCAGAGACCAAUCUCACAGUCCUCCCAGCGUACAUGUUGUUCCACGCCGUUUCCAGCUGCUGCAAUUGAUGCGCAUUACGUUGGCUGCGGGGAACCCAAGGCCUAAGGUGCUGCAGCGCUUCCAGGUUUAAGUGAACUUUGUUUAAGAAGCCAAACUUGAUGAAAUGGAAACUGAACUUAUUGAGUGUUUUUAGUCUUUUCCUAUGGAUGAGUGCCUAAAAUAAUUCUGAAUUAUUUAAUCUUUCUUUUGUUUACAUUUCAGUCAGCUUUGGCUGAAAACCUCACCAGCCUGCCUUGCUGUGAUUUCUAUUCAGCUUUCUCAGAAAAUGAAGUGUUAAAUAUUUAUGUCUCGAAAGCAGUGUUAAAGCUUUAUUGUCUAAGUACGGUAUUUAUUAUUGCUUGCUGGAAUGUUAAAUAUAUCUUAAUCUUUCUGGAUAAAUCAACAUUGCAUUUAGAAUAUUACUCUGACAUUUCCUGAGUGAUGUGUAAAUCUCCAGCUUCAGCUUUACAAAUAUAAAUCCUUAUAUUUAAAAAAUGGAAUGUCUACCAAAACAAAAUUAGUCUUGAAAGUACUUUUGAAAAUACGGUGAUUUCAGACUGCUGAAGUGAUGUGUUUUGCUUCCUUCUUACUAGACGAUGCUUUCUCAGUUAGUGCUCAGCUCAGGAAAAAUGUGCUUAAACUAGCCAAAAAAAAGCAGAUGGGGGGCAGGUCACAAAGGCUGGGGGUUGUUUUAGAGCAGAACAAAACCUUUAUGCCUGCUGCCUCAUCAGGGCUUAGUUCCUGGCUCGCUUGAAAUCAUUCUAAGGGACAACCUGAUGUGACAAGCAAAGCUACAGCAAAAAGGUCCUCCAGGUAAUGGAGGUUUGAUGGUUAGUGGGAGAUUCAUCUCUGCAAAUAAAGAUUUUACUUAUCCCACUGAAGUUUUUAAUCCCACUGUCUACCGCUUCGUACUAGCCGAAUCCUGCCCUCUUGUAAGAGCUGGAGGACUAAGUCCAGGAUUCUUUAGAAAAUCAUGCAACUCCAAAAGCUUCCCAGGUUUUGGGUUUCUGAACCUGGGUGGCUGUGAGUGGGAUGGGCCUUCAUCCCCAGCUGAGUGGCCUCAACAAACCGAUGGCUGAGGUGACUUAAGAGGAGUUGAAAAUUGCUUCUGAGACUAGUUUAGUUCCUGGCUUCCUUUGCGAAACCACAAAUUAAUUAAAACACGUCAAUUUUAUCAAUAAGGCAUCAUGCCAUAGCAGAGAAGCUGGGGGCUGGACGAGCUCUCCUACACACUGAAAUUAUAGAGUCAGGUCUGUGAAAAAUCUGAAAGGGAUGUCAAUUAAACUGCUGUACUCUGUCAUCACUGGAGAUGAGUGACCUUACGUUUGUCCAAGGGAGUCCUCAGAAAAUAAGUGGAAGCUGAUGCCUUGCUUGCCAAAAAUUAAAAAAAUACAAAGCCUGACUCAGCUUUCCCAGGAACGGAAAGGGUGUGUAGGGCUCCAGCACGUGCCUUGCUCUGCUUCCAGUCAAAAAUUGCAACAUAACAGCACGUAACGACCUCCCACUUGGGUGGGAGGGGACCCACAGGGACCUCUCCUCCCCAUCCAGCCCGCACCCAGCUUCGUCCUGGCGGGGCCUGCACCCCCCUCCCCCGGCACGGCUGUCCCCACCGCGUGAGGUCUAAUGAGGGCCAGGCUGAGGGAGGUGAUUGCCUCCCUGGAUCGUGAGGUUCCUGCUGGCCCGUUCCUCGAGCCCACCCCGGUCCUUUAGGACAGCAGCCAUACCCAGUGCCAACUGGUCGUCCCAAUUUGACUUGUCUGUGAACUUGACACAAAGGCACUCCACGGCCGCCUCCAGAUCAUGGACAAAGACAUCCAGCAGGACAGAUCCCAGAGCAGACCCCUCGUGUCUUCUCAUCAGCCUCCUGGUAGAGCGUCCUGCUAACUGCUACCCUCUGUGCUUGAUCAUCCAACUGAUUUUUACCUACCUGGGGGCCCACCCAUCCAGGCUGCGACAUCCUCACUUGGCUGCCAGACCGUCGUCGGACGCAGUAUUGAAAGCCCGGCUGAAGUUGUGGUAAAUGGACCCACUGCUCUCCCCUUGCCUACAAACCCAUCCAUGUCAUCCUGAGAGGCAGGCGGGUUGGCCAAGCGUGACUCACCCUUGGUCAAUCCACGCUGACUGCCCCCAGCCACCAUCUUCUAGAAACCUGCUCCAAGAAAGCAUACUCCAUGGCUUUCCCAACAUGAGGGUGACCGUCCUGUUGCUCCCCAGGAUGUCCUUCUGCCCGUUACUGAGGAUGGGUGCAACGUUUGCCUUACUCCAGUCACCGAGACCCUCCCCCGAUCUCCAUGACCUUGCGAAGAUGAUGAAGAGCAGCUUGGUAGGGACUUCAGCCACCCUGAGAGCGGAAGCUUGCCUUGUUGCCCUGACAUCCCUUGCAUGUCCCAGCUCCAGGUGAGCCUCAGCUUUCUGGGCACCAUCCCCCCAUGCCAAGAUACUAACACCUCCCAUGAUGGAGGAGCACUGAGCAUCCCCCACAUCGGCUCAACACGAGCAAUAGCACCCACUUUUUAUCCACACCCCCGGGCAGCGCCAGUCCCCCAGGUUCCCACCUACAUGGCACACCCACGGCUGCACCCCACAUCCCCCCACCAAAAGGAGAAGAAGCAGCAGCGGCCGGGGCGGUGGAGGAAGCGCACACAUCCACCCUCUGAGGCUGGACCCAGCACCCAAAGCAGGGGGAAACAGCCCCGAGGAGGGGGUGCUUACAGGGGCACCCUGCACACCCUGCCAGCAGGGAGGCAUUGAAACGCGGCUGCGGGACCUGGUGCCGGCGCAGACCCGAUGGGAGGUAUCGCAGGGAGGUGUUUACAGGUCACUUGUCCCUCGGGUGCGCAGCUUAUGGGCAAAAGAACCGCUGAAAUAGGCUGAGGGAUUCCCCAGCUGGGGCCCGGUUUGGGUUUGGCUAUUUUGGUCUAAAAUAGGGCCAAAGAGCAGCCCCUUUUCUGGGACAGAUUUGACAGCAGGUUUCCAGAGCCAGAACUUGGCCCCAGCGGUGCCGCCAGCUGGUCCAGCAUGGUCUGAGCUAUGCUGUUUCUUUUCCUUUCUGCUCAAGCCCCCGGCGCACCCCACAUCACCGCACCGCGCUCCUCCGAGCCCAAGCAAGGACAAGCCGUCGGUGUGCCCACACAGGCACUGCCGCGCGCUUCCCCGCACCCUGUGCUCCCGUUAAACUCAGACACCGAUUUCACUGGAAAAAUCCUGACAGUGCCACAGGAAUAAAGCUGCUCUGGUUCUCAGCAGGGCUUUUGAGUUGGCACAACCCACCACCACUUCUCAUUUCCACCCACGGAAACCCUCCCAGGACCAGCGCGGCACUUCCCCAGGUAGCGCAGUGCUGGCGCGGCAGAGCCAGGA